AACCAUUUGAUGUUUUAAAGCUAUAUUUUGUGACACAGUUUUCUUGCUGGGUUCUGCAAAAAUGUUGAGAUAUAUCGUUGUUGUCUAUAUCGAUUGUAUGUUGGAGUCGAAAUAUCGACACUUAUUUAACAUCUUAACUGUGGAUGUUUGUGUAAAUUAAACUUUUUUGAGUGAUUUAGUGUUGUGCCAGGUGUAUUGUUCCGGAAAAGAUAAAUAUAAAAUGGCAGAUUUCUUGGAUUCGGAAGCUGAAGAAUCCGAGGAGGAGGAGGAGUUGGAUACCAAUGAGAGAAAAAAAUUAAAGAAGCUAAAAGCUCUUGCUGACAGUAGUGAAGAAGAUGACGAAGAUGAUGAAGAGCGGUUACGUGAAGAAUUGAAGGAUUUGAUCGAUGAUAAUCCCAUUGAAGAAGAGGCUAGUGAUGGAGAAUAUUCUGAUACCGGAUCAAAAAAGAGGAAAAAGCAUGAUGAUGAAUUAGACGAUCGAUUGGAAGAUGAUGACUAUGACUUAAUUGAGGAGAACUUAGGUGUAAAAGUUGAAAGGAAGAAGCGUUUUAAGCGGCUCCGGCGUAUUCAAGAAAGUGAUGGCGAAGAAGAGCAUGUGGAUGAGGGCUUAGCCAGAGAAGCUAUUGCUGAACAACUCUUUGAUGAAGAAGACGAGAACUUAGAAAGGCGGUCUGAACGAAGUCAAAAGGAUCAUGACACUUAUGAAGAAGAUGAAGAAUCUGAUUCGGAUGCAGAUGAUUUUAUUGUCGAUGAUGAAGGACGUCCGAUUGCCGAGAAAAAGAAAAGGCGGAAACCUAUCUUCACCGACGCAUCAUUGCAAGAAGGUCAGGACAUUUUUGGAGUGGAUUUUGAUUACGAUGAUUUUGCAAAAUAUGACGAAGAUGAAUAUGAAGAUGAGUCGGAAGGUGAGGAUUACGAUGAAGAUAUUGGUGAAGAAGAUCGAAGCAAAAGUAAAAAGAAACCGCCUAAAAAAAAAGUUUCCAAGAAAACUAUAUUCGAUCUAUACGAACCAAGUGAACUCAAGCGAGGUCACUUCACUGAUUUGGAUAACGAGAUCCGAAAGACUGACAUACCUGAAAGAAUGCAGUUAAGACAAGUUCCGGUAACGCCUGUUGCAGAGGGUUCAACUGAAUUAGACGAUGAAGCAGAGUGGAUUUAUAAACAGGCGUUUUGCAAACCAACCGUCUCACAACCAGAAUCCUUGGACACAAGUCGUGACAAACAUAAGAAACCAAUCAGUGCUAUUGGAAAAAUUAAGCAAACGUUGGAAUUUAUUAGAAAUCAACAAUUAGAGGUACCUUUCAUAGCUUUUUAUAGGAAAGAAUAUGUAAAACCGGAACUAAGUUGUGAAGAUUUGUGGAAGAUAUAUUAUUAUGAUGAACGUUGGUGUCAGCUUUAUAGUAGGAAGAAAAAAUUAAAACUGUUAUUUGAAAAAAUGCGUGACUUUCAAAGAUCAAAUAUAGAUCAAAAUGGUGACAAUCCCACAGCCAGCGAUAUCCGAAUUUUUUUGGAUGAGGACUUAGAGAGGUUAAAGGAAGUACAAACAAUGGAAGAAUUAAAGGAUGUUCAUAUGCAUUUUUUGCUGCAUUAUUCACAUGAAAUACCUAAAAUGCAAGAACAAAUUAGAAAAAUAGAAAAAGAACGAAAACGACUUGCUAGAGAAGAAGAACUUCGCCAGAGUCAGCAAGAUGGGGAAGAUAUGAUUGAAAAUUUUGACGAUGACGUUGAGGAAGGAGAAGAACAAUUAAAACAGGCAAAGGAUUCAGGUCCCUAUGCAAUGUGUCGUAAAGCAGGCAUAUGUGGAUUUGCCAAAAAGUUUGGGCUAACACCUGAGAAUUAUGCAGAACAUUUAAGAGACAGCUAUCAACGUCAUGAAGUGGAGCAGGAAACAGCUUCCCCACUCGAUAUAGCAAAGCAAUAUUUAUGUCCAAAAUUUGUAACUGUUGAAGAAGUUGUACAUGCUGCUAAAUUCGUUGUUGCUCGGCAACUUUCAAGGGAACCUCUUCUUAAAAAGUGUGUUCGAGAAGUUUUUUUUGAACGUGCUAAAAUAGAUGUCCACCCUACCAAAAAGGGGUUAAAAGAAAUUGAUGAAAAUCAUCACUGUUAUACUAUGAAAUACUUGGUGAAAAAACCUGUAAAGGAUUUAGUUGGAGACCAAUUUUUGAGGCUUUCUAUGGCCGAAGAAGAUAAGUUAAUUGAAAUAACAAUUUCGGAUCAUAUUGAUGGUAAUACUUCAAAUUCGUAUAUUGAUGAAGCUAAACAACUUUAUCAGCGAGACGAAUUUUCAAAAGUGGUCCAAGAAUGGAACUCGUUACGAGCCGAAUGUGUCGAGCUGGCAUUGAAAAUGAUGGUUAUUCCAGAAUUGCGUAAAGAAUUGAAAACAGUACUUCUAAAUGAAGCGAAACAGUUUGUUUUGAAGUCUUGCUGUAUGAAGCUAGCGAACUGGUUAAAAGUGGCCCCAUAUCGCCCUGAUAUUGCAGAUGAAUAUAUGUAUGACGAUUGGAGCUAUAAUAAGGGAAUCAGAGCAAUGGGUAUAGCAUAUGUCCCAGAUUAUUCACAGGCUGCUUUUUGUGCUAUAACAACAGUUGAAGGCGAUGUUAGCGAUUAUCUUCGAUUACCACAUAUUUUAAAACGCAAGAAUUCAUAUCGUUCCGAUGAAAAAAAUUUUAAAAUAUCGGAUUUAAAAAAUUUGAAGGAAUUUAUCCAAAAUAAAAAACCACAUAUUAUUGCAAUUGGGGGUGAAUCUAGAGAAGCCCAGAUGUUAAAAAACGACGUCCAGGAAUUAGUUAAAGAACUAUCCGAAGAAGAUCAAUUUCCAAUGAUUGCUGUGGAAAUUGUUGACAACGAACUGGCUAAGAUUUAUGCAAAUUCUAAUAAAGGAGCUUCUGAUUUUAAAGAAUAUCCAGAUUUAUUAAAACAAGCAGUAUCAAUAGCAAGAAAAAUGCAGGAUCCGCUUGUUGAAUAUUCGCAAUUGUGCAGCGUUGAUGAAGAAAUACUUUGCUUGCGAUAUCAUACAUUGCAAGAGCAAUUAGCAAAAGAAGAGAUGUUAGAAUACUUGUAUAUAGAAUUUAUAAAUCGUACAAACGAGGUUGGACUGGAUAUAAAUUUAACUGUUCAAAACUCAUACACCCAAAAUUUAGUGCAAUUUAUUUGUGGAUUGGGUCCACGAAAGGGACAGGCGUUAAUUAAAUUACUCAAACAGUCCAAUCAAAGGUUGGAAAAUCGUACACAGUUGGUGACUUUGUGUCAUUUAGGUCCAAAAGUAUUUAUAAAUUGUUCGGGUUUUAUUAAAAUAGAUACAAGUUCACUCGGUGAUAGUACAGAAGCCUAUGUAGAAGUUUUGGAUGGUUCAAGAAUACAUCCAGAAACAUAUGAAUGGGCCAGAAAAAUGGCUAUCGAUGCAAUGGAGUAUGAUGAUGAAGAAGCUAACCCUGCAGGCGCUUUAGAGGAAAUUCUUGAAUCCCCGGAAAGACUUAAAGAUCUCGAUUUGGAUGCAUUUGCUGUAGAGUUAGAGAGACAAGGUUUUGGAAAUAAGAGCAUAACUCUUUAUGAUAUUCGUACAGAACUAAAUGCUUUAUAUAAAGACUUGAGAACACCUUAUCGGUCUGCAAAUUCUGAGGAAUUGUUCGAUAUGCUAACCAAGGAAACACCUGAGUCAUUUUAUGUGGGAAAAAUGGUGUUGGCUACAGUUUCGGGAAUAUCUCAUAAAAAACCCCAAGGGGAUCAACUUGAUCAAGCCAAUCCCGUAAGAAAUGACGAAACUGGGCAUUGGCAAUGCCCGUUUUGUUUAAAGGAUGAUUUUCCCGAACUUUCCGAGGUAUGGAAUCAUUUUGAUGCCGGCGCUUGCCCUGGUCAAGCAACAGGUGUUAAAUUACGGUUAGAUAAUGGGCUUUCUGGAUUCAUUCACAUUAAAAACCUGUCAGACAAACACGUAUUAAAUCCGGAAGAUCGAGUUCAAAUUGGUCAAGCUAUACAUGUACGUAUCAUUAAAAUUGACGUAGAAAGGUUUUCCGUCGAUUGUUCUUCGAAAAGUUCUGACUUGAUGGAUAAAAAUCAUGAGUGGCGACCGCGUAAAGAUCCAUUUUAUGACUAUGAAAUAGAAGAAAAAGACAACCGAAAAGAAAAUGAGCAGAAGCAAGUGAGAUCAAAGCAGCAGUACGUAAAACGUGUAAUUAUUCAUCCAUCAUUCCACAACAAAUCAUAUGCAGAAGUUGUUAAAAUUAUGGAAAAUAUGGACCAAGGAGAAGUUAUUGUACGCCCCUCUAGCAAAGGAUCAGAUCAUUUAACUGUAACAUGGAAGGUUUCCUCGGGAAUUUAUCAACACAUAGACGUUCGAGAAGAAGGAAAGGAAAAUGCUUUCAGUUUGGGUCAAAGCCUAUGGAUUGGAAAUGAAGAAUUUGAAGAUCUAGAUGAAAUUAUUGCCAGACAUGUAAACCCCAUGGCAGCAUGUGCACGAGAAUUUCUUACCUAUAAAUAUUAUAGAGACACAGGUGGUGGUCUCAAAGAUAAAAUGGAAGAAUUGCUGAAAGAAGAAAAAACUAAAGACCCUAAAAAAAUUCAUUACUUUAUAUCAGCAUCGAAAUCUUAUCCUGGAAAAUUUUUAUUGUCGUAUUUGCCUAAAAUUAAGUGCAGACACGAAUACGUCACUGUUAUACCGGAAGGCUUUCGUUUUAGAGGUCAAAUAUUUGACUCACUGAAUUCUCUUCUAAAAUGGUUUAAAGAUCAUUAUUCAGACCCCAUAAUAGCGAACACUCCUAUUUCUACUCCCAACGUUUCGGGUAGCGUCAGAACUUCAGGGUAUGAUACCCCUAGAGGAAACGUUGAUUCACGAAUAUCGGAUCAACAUAUUUCACAAUCAUCAACAAUACAUACCCCUCAUUAUCCAAAUACUCCUGGAUAUCAAGGCGGAUAUGUUAAUACACCGUAUACCCCCAGCGGACAAACACCAUUCAUGACCCCAUAUAAUACGCCACACUCUUCACAAACACCUCGUUACUCGCAUAAUACCCCCAGUCCCAAUUCUUCAUCCUCAAAUUUAAAUUAUCAUCGCACAGUAAACCUUAAGCAGCCUAAGGAAAACCAUCUAUAUCACGGAAUUUCACCCAGAUUGGAAUUAGAGUCAACGAAAAACCAUAUUUAUUCUUCCCAAAAGGAGAGCGCAGAAUGGCAAAUGGCGUCCGAAUCAUGGGCCAGACGUAAGCCAGUACAUCCUACCCCAAAUAUAUCUCGAGCAGUUGGGAAUGAUUUCUCAAGGGCCGUUAGUUAUGCGGUUCCAACUGCAAGCGAUAUGGCAUCUGCAUUUAAUAAACUCUCAGAUGAACAUUAUCGAUUAAGGGAUCAUAAGAGCCCACGGUCGAUUCGAAGUACACCUCGUACAAAUACUUCUCCUCAUUCUAUGAAUUUGGGCGACGCGACACCCCUGUACGAUGAAAAUUAACAUACUUUAUUAUAUCAUACCAAUUAAAAACUAUUUUUUUAUGAUGACACGCUCAAUUGCCUAUACAUCGUAUUGCAUUAGAUUUCUUAAUUUUAGUUCUAAUGUUUACAAUUAUAACUUGACUAAAAAUGAAAUAUAAACAGUUCAAUGUUAGCGGCAGUAUAUUGUUUUAUUAAAAAAUAUAGAUUAUGAAAAAUCUUUGACCUAAGGAAAUAUAUUUCAUUAAAAUUUUAUUAACGGUAAAAGAAAUUUGUUUAAUAAAGUUAUGUAAGCAUGAUUGGCAUAUAAAUUGUA